CCAUGGUCUGACCUUUGAGUCCCUGCUAUGUAUGCAGACACUGUAUAGUUCCUACAUCAUGAGAACAAAUGAAAACAUCUGGCUUUCACUGGAUGUACUCCAGGGUCCGCGGUGGCAUAUAGAUCUCCAACCUUGGGCAGGCCCUGCUCAGUCCCUGGAUGAAGAAGCCUUGAGGUUCCUGAGAUAUAUCAGCACCACCCAGAUUGCAUGCAAUCACAUGAGUACAGACAGCCUGGCUGCUGGCUCCAGCCCUGCAAAGAAGCCCUGGUUGGUGUGUCUUGAUGACAGGUUUGGCUUAGCUCAUCAAAUCCGCAACAAGCAGUGUCGCCUGUAUUCUUUAGGGCUGGGAAAUGAUGAUACCCAUUUUGAAGUUCGCAUGGCCCAUGAUGGAUGUGAAGUGCACCGUUUUGAUCCUAGUGUUAAAUCAGCGCACAGUCUGGAGAGUCAGCGUCUUUGGUAUCACCGCUUGUCCAUCGACUGGCGAGAUCCCCAUCCAGCUGUUGCUGCCCAAAAAUCACAUAGUAACACCAGAAAACUGGGAAGUAUUUUGAAUGAAUUUGGGCAUCACAAGAUUGAUGUUCUGAAGGCAGAUCUGGAAAGUGCAGAAUGGAAAGUUUUGGAAAAUCUUAUUCUGGAAGAUGUCCUUGAACAGAUUGGACAGCUCAUCUUUGAGAUCCAUCUCCACUGGCCUGGGUUUGAGGUCAGUGGCAGUGACAGCAGUGUUGUGCGGUUCUGGUACAGUCUCCUCAAAGAGUUAGAACUAAAGGAUUUCAGGCUUUUUCACAGUUAUAAAGAUUUAUCUAAGCCUCAGCUAUUCCUGAAGAAGGACAUUUUCAAUGCAAGUAGCUGUUAUACUCUCAGUUGGGUGAAUACAAGGUGGAAAUAGGAUGCAAGACCUCAUCAAGAAUGCAAGGAAAUAUUUGCAGAAUGGAGUAUGUCCAUGAUUCUAAUCGUGGGUUUACUCAUCGUGUCUCCCAUUAGCUUGUCACCUGCUUGAAGUAGGAAUGGUGAUAUUGUCUCUGUAGUGCAUGUAGCCUGGUGCUUGACGUGUGGUAGGGGCGCAGUUAAUCCUUGUUGAAAGAUGAACACUCUGUCACCCCCAUUACCCAGACCCAAGUUCUUUGCCUUUUAAUCUCUGACAGAGUGGCUAAAAGGCCACUCUUCACUUUUACUUGAAAGACAAUCUCCCUCUCAUCCCAGUUUUCCCUAAAAUUCAUUAUGUGUCUACAAUCCAUGAAUUCAUAAAAAUUAAAAUGAAAUGAUAUAUUU